UUGGCUAUGUGUGAAGACACACACAGAACGCCAAAGAAGCAGCACUACUGAAUCGAACACUCGCUGUCUACCAGGAGCGGCAAGCUGAUCGCUUCGAAAACCACCCUACUUUCUCUCUCUCUUUUUUUUUUUUCAGUUGUACUUGUGUGUAUAGAGGUGGAGAAAACGAAAUACCCUCUCUCUAUCUCUCUCACUCUCUCUCACUCUCCCACUCUCCCUCUCUUGCUCUCUCUUUCUCUCUGUCCUAUGGUGGGAUAAACAUUGAAGGGAUGAGCGUGUGAUACAGCACCAGACCUGAGUGACCUGACAGCUCAAACUAAUUCGGUUCAGACAAGAAGAAAUGCUACCAGUUGAAUCCUAGUCUCUGAUAGCAGUGGAGAUAAUCCAGACUACUUCCCGGCAGAAUACAAGACUUCUCUGAUCUGUGACUUCAAGCACAGGGGUCGUUUGUUCUCUUGCGCACUGUCAGCUCCCAACUGCUCUUUUGUUCAUCGGACAGAGUGACUUGCCACGCUCCGACUGCCCCCUUAUCCCCACAGAAUCAAACACCUGUGUGGUUGCAGUGAGACCUCACCUCUGCUCAGCCACAGCUGUACAUGGAGAUCCCCAGCUGGGCAGAAACCAAACCAGGAAACGGGCUGGGUAAAACAGGAAGCAUUGCUCUCUUUGGAAACGUAGUGUACGGUGGGCUGCUGAACGAUCACUUCUGGCAUUUUGGGGUGCCCCUUGUCACAAGACUGGGUAACCAGGAGGCCCCAGCUCCCCCAGAAGCCAUGGCUCAGCCAUACGCCCCAGCGCAAUAUCCUCCCCCUCCGCCUCAGAAUGGGUUGCCUGGCGAAUACACCCACCCUGGGCAAGAAUACACAGGGCCCAGCCCAGUCCCUGAGCAUGCCGCAGCUCUCACGAUCUACACACCUGCACAGACACACAGUGAGCCCCCUGGCACUGACAGCACCACGCCUUCCCUCACAGGGACAAACAGCAUACCACAAGCAGACGAUGUGGUACAGACAGAUGGAUCUCAACAGCUUCAGCUUCAGCUCCAGCCUUCAGAUUCUUCCGAGAAGCAGCAGCCCAAACGGUUACACGUCUCCAACAUUCCCUUCCGCUUCCGUGACCCAGACCUCCGGCAAAUGUUCGGGCAAUUUGGGAAAAUUUUGGAUGUGGAAAUUAUUUUUAACGAGCGGGGCUCCAAGGGUUUUGGUUUUGUUACUUUUGAAACGAGCGCAGAUGCAGAUCAUGCAAGGGAGAAACUAAACGGUACAAUCGUAGAGGGACGCAAAAUCGAGGUAAAUAACGCAACAGCACGAGUAAUGACAAACAAAAAAGUGGCCAACCCGUAUACAAAUGGCUGGAAGCUGAAUCCAGUGGUGGGAGCUGUCUAUGGUCCUGAAUUUUAUGCAGUGACAGGUUUCCCCUACCCAACCACAGGUGCGACAGUGGCUUACAGGGGUGCCCACUUGAGAGGCAGAGGUCGUGCCGUUUACAACACGUUCCGUGCUGCACCUCCACCCCCUCCCAUUCCUGCUUAUGGAGCUGUGGUUUACCAAGAUGGCUUCUACGGUGCUGAGAUCUAUGGUGGCUAUGCAGCAUACAGAUACGCCCAACCAGCUGCUGCAGCUGCAGCAGCCUACAGUGACAGCUAUGGCAGAGUCUAUGCAACAGCAGACCCGUAUCACCACACGAUUGGACCUGCAGCCACGUACAGUGUGGGCACUAUGUAAAUAUAAAGAAAGAAGACAAAUGAGAAGAGAUGGACAUCAGCUAAAAAGGAUAAAAAAUGAUAAAGGAUGAAAAGAGUCAAUGAAAAAAAAACAUACAAAAAGAAGAGGAAAUCCUUGCACCGGGGCUGUCAGGAAAAGGCAUUAUAUAUCUCUGUGGGGAUGCGAGACUGACACAGCCAAGCUGUGGAUGGGAAGUUGGGUUAGCUUUCACCUGGGACAGCCUUUCGGAGAAGAGCAGAGGUCAUCAUAAAACUUUUUAUUUUUCUAAACUUUUUUAAGUUUAUGGUUUCAAAAAGACGAAAAGAUGAGUGUAUAUAUCUAUAUAGCGAUAUAUAUGUAUGUAUAAAUAUGUUAUAAAAGAGAAAUGAAGAAAAUAAAAAAACUCAAUAGCAACAGAGUGAUGAAUUAGCGCUGUAGGAGGGGGGGGUGGGGGGUGUACCUGUUGUUGCUUCACACCCCCUACCCCCCUCCCAAUGUAGACCUCCUUGUCCUGCCUGCGUCUAGAGGAUGGGUGGGCCAAGGAGGGUGGGCGGAGAGGCUGAGGGCCCAAUAGACACGAUUUCAUGUGGCCCCUUUUCAUCCAAAGCCCUUCAGUACGGCAUGGAUGGGUCUUCCAUUUGCAGGAUUUUAUGGGUUCAACUUCCUAUUGAGCUGCAUUGCUUCCUAGGGAAAAUGUCAAUGGCCUUUAAUCGCUAAUGUAUGGGUGGUGAGAUAUCCUUUUUCUAACCAUCCUGUCUAGAUGUUAAAUAAAGGCAUAUGAACUUGCAUGGGACUCCAAAUUUCCAUCAGAAGAUCCACUUUACAGAGAUGUUAUGAACAAUGACAUAACUCAACAACAUCAGGUUGCAAUGUUGUGAAGGUCUUUUAUCAAGUUAUAUAAGUGUCAUAUUGAAUGGGACAAGCAAAGACAAUGUAAAUAUACCAACAAAUCCCAGUUGACAAUAGAUAGUCUCAAAGUAGGAAAGGGGGCCACCAGUAGUUCUCAAGACCCAUCGACGCUGUCAUCCCUCUGUUGUUUGUAGCACAAUAUAAAGUGGCCCAAUGAGGUGAAACACAGGUGCAGAUUUUACAAGGAUGUGUGUGUGUUCUUGUGUGUGAGGAUGUGAGUUUGGGGGGGAGGUGGGGAGUUUGAGGCAGUUAUGGGCUGAGAGGGGCUUUAUAGAGUCUCGCUGGGCGCAGCAGCCCAAGAGCCCAGAGCUACCAAAAAGCAUUUCAUUGUAGUGUUGUGGAGGUGGCCGUGCUGUGUAGUAAACACUUUUGUAUGUGGUGUCAGGGGCUACAAAUUAAGAAAAUUGGAGCUGUCUGCUCGGUAUUGUCACAGGAGUUUCGCUAUCCAUCUUGGAAAUGGGUUCCCGCCCGCUGCAAGGUGGAAAACAACGUGAAACGAGCGGCGGUUUGGUCAUGGGGUUUGUGAGCAAAGUUUCAGUAAAGAUCUGUUACCUUUAUACUUCUACCGAGCUCCAUUUCAGUGACAUCAUUAUAUAUUUCAACGUUGUACUAAUUACAUGCUGCUCAGCCUGGUCAAACGUCGAUUGUAGCCAUUUACUAAUGUUGUAUUAUUGUAUUACCAGUAUGAAAAACAUUUAUAUAUGGAUAUAUCUAUUUGUGAAUUUGCGACCUUUCAAGAGGAUUGUAUCUUUUCAUUUUCAUUGGUGGUCCAGGUUUAUUUUUUGGCAGCAAUUUAUGCAAGUACUGGGAGAUUUUCACUUGUGUGGUGUUGUUUCCAUUUGUCUGUAUCUUUGGUUCAGCUAUUGAAUGUAAUUCAAACUUUUACGUACAUGUCUUUGUUUUAUAAGCAGUACUUUGUAAAUGUGUGAACAUGGUAAAACAAGUCUUUGUUCUGAAGAUGGACCUGAUGGAGACACAGUCCAGCAGACACCUCUCUUUUAUGACAGGAGCACUCCAGUUAGCCGAUGGUCAUUAUCCUGACCCUAUAGGACACUGACAGAGAGACAUAAAAUUAUCGGAUGAGUCUGAUAAUGGUUUACGGAUGACAUGUUCUAACCAGAUCGGAAUUAUGCUCUUUGAUUUCUAUCGAAAAGAUUUUUCACAUUUUUUUAUUUUCCUUGAUGCAAAUGGUGAGCAAUUGGACCCACAUUCAGAAGUCUCCUGUCAAGAGGUGUCAUUCUAUAAUAUAUGUAAAAAAAAAAAAAAAAAUGGGAAUAUGUUAUUAAUGUGAAAUAUGGUUGAUUUCCUGGGAAAACAAUACACUGUAAAAUGUUUUGUUUGGUAACCUAAAAAUGUGCUUCAUGCGGUAACAUCUCAAAUGUCAUCAUUUACUCAUCCUAAUGUUGUUCCAAACCCUUAUGUCUUUAUUCAGUGGAACAAAAAAAGGAGAUUGUGUCUUCUGCAGUCAACAAUUACACUUUUUUUCUAUACAAUGAAAGUGAAUGGUGACUGAGGCUAACAUUCUGCCUAUCAUCUUUUGUGUUCAAGUAAGUAAUUCAUACUGGCUUGGAACAACAUAAAGGUGAGUAAAUGAAUUUUGUGUAAACUACACCUUUAAUAUGACUGAAUCAACCUGACUACAUAUGAAAGUAAUUUAUAUGGGUGAGAUCAAGUAGAAGUAGCUCCAUAAAUUACCAACUGCACGUUUUCACUUUUUACAGUGUGUUUUGGCUCAGUGAGAAGAAUCGUACAUUUAGUAAACAUAUAAACAAUCCAUCUCUACAGACAGCAUUCCCAAGCUUUGCAAAAUCAUGUGCUUCCUUGGACUCAGGUGUUACAUGACAGAACCGAUGUGUUCCCUUCCAUAGAUAGUGAUCUUACUCCUCUGUGCUGCAUUUCUCCUCUCAGAGCAAAACGUUAUUUUCUACAAAGCUGGUGACACCUAUCUCAGCGACUGUACUACUUUGUUACCUAAAGGAUCAUCAAAGACAACCAUUUUCUUGAGAUUGGAGGCAUCCGUUCGCCAUUGGUUAGCGAUGCAUUAGCCGUGGUGAAUGGGAGCUUUUGUGGCCAAGAUGCGUUGUUUCAGGGACACUAUAAACCGAGCAUGGAUUCUGCUCUGGAAGAGACUGUGACUGAACAACCUAACAAAAAGAUGUCAAUUCUACAGAGAUCCGAGACCUCUGGGUUUAUUUCUUUCCUUUAGUCCGUAUGCGACAUUACUUGUUUACAUGUCCUUUUUCAACCCUGCUGUGAGGUAUAUAUCAGCUUUCGCUAUGUAUUCUUUGGCUUGUUGUCUUCCCUAUGCUCUCUGUUCCUAUCAAACCACGCAAAUCCCAUUUACCUGAGCACCAAAGCCAUUCACCGUCUUCCUCAACCCAAAGCAGAGAACCCAUGCAAAAUGUAGUCUGCUUAUAGUCUCUUCUCUGAAACUCAAGAAACGCAUGCAUCUGCCACUUCUUCCCUCGUCCAAAACAUCCUUCCAAACAAUUCUGGUAAUUUGCUCCAGAUAUUAGGGAAGGUUUAAAACCAGCUAUGCAGUUGACCUAUUGUCUGCACAGCUUCAGUUCCCUUGAACUUCAUUCAAAUACAACCAUGCCAAUGGAAAUGACAAACUUAUCCUGGCAAAUGCUUAUCCCAACCCAAUUUAUCACACUAAAAAGAAAAAAAAUUAACUUCUGCCAACCUGAUUUCCCUCAUUGUCAUUGCCAGAUCCCCGAAGCACAAACGUUUGAAUGGAAGUUGAGUUAGAUGUCUCAGUGAUAGUUACUUCCAUUUAAAGAGAGAGUGUGUGUGAGAGAGUAUGUAUGUGUGCUUCUAGCCCCUUUGUUUUCUACUAAAAAUAUACAAAAGCUACUUCAUCUGUCAUCUCAAUAUAAAAUGUAUUAUAUUAGAAAAAGUUUCUCUUCAUGUGCAACGCAAGCUCAACGCAGCAACAAAUCUAAUUUAAUUAUUCGCUUUUGUUUGGUUUGUUUGUUUGUUUUUUAAUUUUGUUUGUCUUUCUUUGAAUUUUGAAGUUGUUCCAAGUACAUACGAAUAAAAGGGGAAAAAAAGCAAAGAAAAAAGAAACCAUUAUAAAGUAUUCUAUUUAAAAUGAGAUGACUAAACUUCUGCUGUCCUGGCUCUGUACUCUCUAAAUUUCAGUUUUCUUUCUGUAUGCAUCCAAUGUGCUUCAGACAACCAGUAUUGUUUAUUAAUGAAUCAUUAUAUUAUUAUGAUUAUUAUUAUUACUAUCAUGAUUAAUAUGGUUAUAAUAAAUAUUUCUUUCUUCAAUAACAGAGACUCAAAUCUCUGAAGUUGUAUAUGGCAUCUGGCUUAAACAUUCUCUGUGUACAUUGCAUGUACACUGAACAUACUUUAUAUAACAUUGUUGCAUAAUGUUGAAUGGGUUAAACUAAUGUUGACCAGGUUUCUCUAUGAACUAGCUUUAAAUCCUUUAGCAUGUCCUGGAUUAAUUGCACCACUUCAUUGUCUGACAUAGAUAGAUAGAUAUUUAUUUAAUUGUGGUUUUAAUCAACUUCAGAUGAUAUAAAUAUUGUUUUCAAUGCGCUUUAACAAAUUAACUAUACAUAUAGGAAUUUCUUGAAAUAUAAAGACAAAUUAGUAAAGUCUAUAUGUACACAGACCCCCAUCUACU